CUCAGUCUGAACUGAAUCAUCGUCUGUCAGCGUCCUCACGAUGUGUGUGUCAAGGUGUCUGCGGUGUGUCGCCGUCUCCCUGGUUCCCAUGGCAAUGGUCUGCAUUGUGUCCAACAUCCUGCUGCUGCUUCCUGAUCUGAAGAUCCACUUCCUGUUGGAGGGUCAUGUGACCAGAGAGGCCACCUGGGCCACGGGGCUGUGGGGCUCCGGCGUCCUGGUUCUGAUUGGAGCUCGAUCCUUCGUCCAGACAAGCAAAACCAGAGGCUGCUGUGCCGUCAGGAGACAGAUGUUGUCCCAGGUCCUGUACUCCUGUGUCUGUCUCCUUGCUGCUGGUCUCUGUUGUCUCGUCAGUGCCACCGGUCUGUGCCAGGGUCCUCUGUGUUUGUACAACACUACAUCUGGUCCGUCCUGGGGUGUCCCCCUGCAGCCCGUCCCUGACCGUCAUGCAGGGUAUCUGUACAACAGGACUCUGUGGUCCAGCGUCUGUCUCGAGCCGUUGGGUGUCGUCCAGUGGAACGUCGUCCUCUUCAGCAUGAUGGGCGGAGUCAGUGGACUGCAGACUGUCCUCUGUGCCGCCAACGUCCUCAACUCUCUGCUGGGACUGAUCUUGGGACAGGGCGUCUGCCACAACAAGGUCAGUCCGGUGUCGGUCUGACAGGAAGUCCCUGAUCGCCCCCGGAUGAUGUCAUCGGCGGAACAGAGACUCGUCUCCAUGUGAAGUCAGAACACCUUUUAUUUUGGCGGGGUCCACCCACUGUUUCCUGGUUUUCAGGUGCACUGUUGCACUUUAGAUAAAAAUAUAAUAAUGUCCAUUAUGAAUGUGGGCGGGGCUUACAGGUGUCCCCACCCCCUGUUAUUGAUAACAUACAGUCUGUCCAGGACUGAGUCACAGACAGGUGUCAGACAGGUGUGUGACGAUCAUCACUUUGAUCUGUGUGAAACUGUGGGGACGAUGUGAUGUCACAGGUCAGACGCCAUGACGAGACACCAGGUCAUCACUCUGCAUCAUCAUCAGGUCCCUCCCAGGUCCAGGUCCAGGUCUCAGACAGAGGUUCAACAUGAGCUGAUCAGGACACAGACGCAGCGGACGGCGAGGAUGAAAUACCAAACGCUGAGUUCCCUUUGACAUCACAAGACGUCCAGCAGAGACCAGAGAGACCAGGUCCACCUGUCCACCAGCCCCCUGUCCACUGUCCACUGUCCACCGGCCCCCUGUCCACUGUCCCCCUGUUCUCCUGUCCACUCUUCACCUGUCCACUGUCCCCCUGUUCUCCUGUCCACUCUUAACCUGUCCACUGUCCCCCUGUUCUCCUGUCCACCGUCCACCUGUCCACUGUCCAUUGUCCACCUGUCCCCCUGUCCACCGUCCACCUGUCUAUUGUCCACCUGUCUCCCUGUCCACCGUCCACCUGUCCACCAGUCCACUCUCCACAUGUCCACUGUCCCCCUGUCCAUUCUCCACCUGUCCAUUGUCCACCUGUCUCCCUGUCCACUGUCCCCCUGUCCACUCUCCACCUGUCCAUUGUCCCCUGUCCACCUGUCUUCCUGUCCACUGUCCACCUUUCCCCCUGUCCACUGUCCACCUGUCCUCUGUCCACCUGUCCACUGUCCACCUGUCCACCUGUCCUCUGUCCCCCUGUCCUCUGCCCACCUGUCCUCUAUCCACCUGUCCACCUGUCCCCUGUCCACCUGUCCUAUGUCCACCUAUCCACUGUCCACCUGUCCCCUGUCCGCCUGUCCACCUGUCCACUGUCCACUGAGGUCUGGACAGAGGUGUUCACCUGUGGACGGACACACAGGAAGUGGUGCAGAAACAUGCCGGCUGGCGCUCAGGACUGACAGAGAGCGCCACGACCGGAGAGCGCCAUAACCGGAGAGCGCCAUGACCAGAGAGCACCAUAACCGGAGAGCACCACGACCGGAGAGCGCCAUAACCGGAGAGUGACCAGAGAGCGCCAUGACCGGAGAGUGACCAGAGAGUGCCACGACUGGAGAGCGCCACGCCCAGAGAGCACCACGACCGGAGAGCGCCAUGACCGGAGAGUGACCAGAGAGCGCCACGC